AAUAGAGACUCCACUCAAAGACUCUGCCACCAAAGUGACAUAUAGACAUGAAAAAUGAUAAAACUAUGAAGUAAACUAAAAGAUGUGUUCUAGUAGUUCCGCUAAAACGAAAAGUCGAGAAUUGUUUUAGUUAGUUCUUUAUAUAAACUCGGCUCCUGCGUCCUGUCUAAAGCCGUACUGGGUCCCUGGGCCACAUUCAACACUUGGCAGUGGAAUCAUGUGCAUAAUCAUUCCCGAACUCGGAAGUCUUCUUACAUAGGAGUUAGGAUCGACUGAUCCCUCGUGAGUAUUGAAUACAAACGAUUUUUUACAAAGCAACAUCUUGUGCUGGACAACGAAAUUCAGCUGAAAAUGGAGCGACUUUCCAAGGUUUCUGAUAAUGGGUUGCUGGAAUUCUACAAGAGAGAGACGGGUUUCUCCUCUCCCAGAACUUUCUCCCGCCACAUCUCUGCUUCCCAGGCUUUGGUGGAGCGGCUUGAUUUGUAUGGGAAGUUGAUUGGACACGAGGGAUGUGUAAACACGAUAGAAUUCAACUCAACUGGUGACUACCUUGUGUCGGGCUCUGAUGACAAACAAAUCAAGUUCUGGGACUGGGCAACAAAUAAGUUAAAAUUCUCAUAUCCAUCAGGCCACUUAGAUAAUGUGUUCCAAGCAAGAAUCAUGCCGUUCACAGAUGACCGGAAGAUAGUAACUUCUGCUGCUGAUGGCAAGGUCAGGCUUGGUGAGAUCUUAGAGAAUGGUCGGGUUGAAACAAAAAGGCUUGGUAAGCACCAAGGUCGUGUACACAAGCUUGCGGUUGAACCUGGUAGUCCUUACAUAUUUUACAGCUGUGGGGAGGAUGGUCUAGUUCAACAUUUUGACCUUCGGAGUAAUUCAGCUACAAAACUUUUUUAUUGCUCUACAUUUGCUGAAAACCCUCAGUCUUCAAACAGCGUAAGAUUGAAUGCUAUAGUUAUAGACCCUAGAAAUCCAAACUUCUUGGCAGCUGGAGGUUCCGAUGAGUAUGCACGAGUGUAUGACAUUAGAAGGUAUCAACUGGAUAGUUCAAGCAGUGUAGAUAACCCUGUUAACACGUUUUGCCCAGUGCACCUGAUUAAGACAAACGAUGUUCAUAUCACAGCCUUGGCCUAUUCCAACACGAGUGAAUUGCUUGUUUCUUACAACGAUGAGCUCAUAUAUUUGUUUCAGAAGAACAUGGGCUUAGGACCUUCUCCAUUGUCUGCAACAUCUGAAUCCUUGCAGAAUAUGGAAGAGGCAACAGUUUACUCCGGACAUAGAAAUUGUAAAACUGUUAAAGGAGUUAACUUUUAUGGUCCUAACGACGAUUAUGUCAUGAGUGGUUCUGACUGUGGUAAUAUAUUUAUUUGGAGGAAGAAGGGGGCUAAAAUGGUUCGUGUAAUGCAUGGGGAUAGGCAUAUUGUGAAUCAGCUGGAACCCAAUCCCCAUCUUCCGGUCAUUGCUACCUCAGGAAUCGAGAAGAGUAUUAAGCUUUGGGGCCCCACCUCAAACGAUGUUACUCCUCUGCCUCAGGAUAUUGAAGAGGUACAUUCACUGUACCCAUUGGAUUUGUUUCCUGUUUUCUCGAGUCUCUGUUUUUAUGUUGAUAAAUUACAUGAAUUUUGUUGCUUUGGUUGUGUGCAAUAACUUUGUUGAUUUUUGGGUAGCUCAUGGAUGCGAACAAGAGAGGUCGGGAAGACCAUUCACGUGUUACGCUCACUCCCGAUGUCAUCAUGCAUGUCUUGCGACUUCAUAGAAGGCAAGCACUGGCUUACGUUGAAAGAAGACCCAACAGAGAUGACGUUGAGAGUGAUGAAGAGGAUGUUGGAGAGGCUUACGUUUUGGGUUUUUCAGAUGGUGAGGGGGAGGGUGAUGGUAACGAGAAUCCCAGAGAAUGUAACAUUAGCUAGCACUAGCAUUCGUAAGCAGUAACCGGAGUUCAACCUCGUACUGGAUCAGAUACUGCUCGCCAAUCUGAGAGUCACACUUCGGAGGGCAUCGGGUACAUCCUUAAAAAGACUUUACAGCAGGUUACCUUUGGUUGGUUCGUGCUUGGGGUGGAUAAAACUUGUUGUAUUUAUAGUGUACGCCUAAGUUGGCCUUUCAUUUUUCGACAAGGAAAGAAAGAGACGUAUAAUGUACAGAAGCUGUUUCUGAAUUGCUUAUUGGCGGAUUUUCUGCUUGUCAGUCAUCUGAGCUAAAGUCAUAAAGUUCUACUGAGUUUUUAUGCUAAUAAGAUUGUUUAGGGUGACACAGGAUGAGCCAGAUUUAGUACAUGAGAUACUGACUUUCAGUAGUUCAUUCAUUUUCUCAGAUCUGCAAAAAAUCUUACCUUUAUUCUUCAACUUUGACAAGACACAAAUUGUCAAAGUUACAAAUCAAAAACUACAAAAGGAUACUCAUCCUGUUUCGUGUCCCAAAAAGUUGGUAAGUUAUGAUUAAUAGAUAACUUUUGGAACGG